AGAACACUGAACCAGACACACUUGAAUCACAACAACGUUUUUCAAACUCCUCAAAGUCCAAGGUUGCAUGGAUUUCUCUGCCCAUAGUUUAAAGGGAGAGACAUUGCAGCUUUGGAUGCACAUGUUGUGAUCAUAUUUGUUCUUUGUUAGUUUCUGUGUGAAUUUGAGAUAACAGAAGAGUAGAAUAGAUUGCUGAUCCAUUUAGCGAUGGGGUCUAUAUGGAAUCUUUUGUAUUUGCUGGAGCCUGCACCUAUUACUCUAAUACUAACGGCAGUAAGUGUUACAUUUGGGUCUGCCUUUCGUGCUCUCAACUAUGGAAAAGAAAUGGAGCGGAAUCGUGACUUUUCAGAAGCAUCGAUUAUGUUAGAUAGGUCCCAAGCCCUCAUGAUCCCUGUAAUGAGCUCCCUAAGCCUGAUUUUGAUGUUCUACCUCUUCACUUCGGUUGCCCAACUCCUGACUGUAUUCACAGCCAUUGCAUCCGUCUCCUCCUUGUUUUUCUGCCUAUCACCUUCAGUAGCCUAUUUGAAGUCACAACUUGGUUUGGCCGACCCUUAUGUGUCGAGAUGUUGUUCCAAGUCAUUUACGCGCACCCAAGGAUCAUUACUGGUUUUAUGCAUUGGUACGGUUGCGUUUUGGCUUGUUACUGGACACUGGAUUCUGAACAACUUGUUGGGCAUUUCCAUAUGUAUUGCCUUUGUGAGUCAUGUACGUCUUCCCAACAUCAAAGUUUGUGCAAUGCUCCUUGUCUGUCUGUUCAUAUAUGACAUAUUCUGGGUCUUCUUCUCUGAGAGAUUUUUUGGGGAAAAUGUCAUGGUAUCGGUAGCAACACAAAAGGCCUCAAACCCUGUUCACACGGUGGCAAAUAGUUUGAGUCUUCCUGGGCUGCAAAUGGUGACAAAGAAGUUGGAGUUGCCUGUGAAGAUUGUCUUCCCCAGAAACUUAUUUGGUGGAGUGACUCCAGGAGGAAGUACCAGCGACUUCAUGAUGCUCGGUCUGGGUGACAUGGCAAUUCCUGGCAUGCUUCUCGCAUUAGUCCUAUGUUUCGAUUAUAGAAAGAGCAGUAACACAGUAAGUUUGAUAGAUUUGCAUUCCUCAAAGGGGCAUAAAUAUAUUUGGUAUGCCCUUCCUGGAUAUGCCAUUGGACUGGUCACAGCUUUAGCAGCUGGAGUUUUGACGCAGUCGCCCCAACCUGCUCUUCUCUAUUUGGUGCCCUCAACACUAGGACCAAUCAUCGUCAUCUCUUGGAUAAGGAAGGAACUAGCCGAAUUUUGGGACGGGCCUUUGCCAAGCUUCAAUGAUAAAGUUCACCAGAUUGAAGUAUGAGCCAAUUCGGUCUUACAACCUCGGUGCUUUGCUUUGCUCUGCUGAGGAAAUUGAAAAUUGUACAUUGACUUGAAGAAGUCUUAAUCCUACUUGAAAACUCUGAGUAAAAUUGGCAAUCAAUGUUUAUUGAAUACUAUCUGAAGUCUGAACUUGCUUCAUAAAUUGCCCUUAGAAAUUCGGCCCCUGAGAACUGUCAUACUCUAUACUGUUUGAAAUAAGAAACCAUACUUUCUUUUCUUGCUACUA